AAAAACCCUCAGUUAGUUUUCCAAACCGCUGGAGUUCCAGCUGACUUGGCGAUCCUAGACUAUCAGCAGAAAACCGUUAUACGUUGAGCUUGCCGGCCGUCUCGCUUGCUGGUCUGAGGCGCUCGGCCGUCAGUUGACAGAAGUCGUCAUGGAGGAUCGGUUUAACACGCCCACAACCAACAUCAUAGAGCUCGAGGCCAUGGGGCAUCGGCUCCGGGUGUCUCAGGACCCCAAUUCCAAGCACGUUGGCACCACAGUGUGGGACUCCUCCAUUGUCGUCCUCAAGUACCUGGAGCGGCACACCAACAAGGGAGAGUUCUCUCGCGCCAAGCUCAAGGGCAAGAGGGCUAUAGAGCUGGGGGCUGGCUGCGGCCUUGCUGGCUUGGGGUUCUCGCUUCUGGGGUGUGACGUGGUGCUGACGGACGAAGCGGUGGUGCUGCCUCUGCUGUACCGCAACGUGACCCGCCUGCAGUCCCAGGCCGCCAUGGACGCCGCUGCUGACACCUUCCUCGGCAGCGUGGGGUCAGUGGAAGUGGCGGAGCUUUGGUGGGGCAACGCACACCACAUAGCCCAUGUCGGCCCGCCUUUCGAUGCCAUCGUUGCCACUGACGUGGUGUACGUUGAGGACUCUGUCCCUGCCCUUCUCGCAACAAUGCUCGCUCUCUCCCAUCCACGCACCCCAAUCCUUCUGGGGUACGAGUUCCGCUCUGCCACGGUGCAUGACCGCCUACACGCCUAUGCGCGCCAGAUGUUUGACGUCAAGAAGGUCCCUGCCAGCAAGCUGCAUUCGGAGUACCAGCACCCGUCCAUCGACGUGUUUAUUAUGAAGAGAAAGGCCGCACCCACCCUGCCGCCUGAAGUUAGGAGUAUCCUUGAGGAGGUGCAAUCUGUGAUGACCAAUCAGGGCCUGCCAUGUGCCCACGUCACCAGUCUACUGGAAAACGCAGCAAUCCAAGGAGAAUUGGCCAGUAAGCAGGCUUCAGGGAGUGCCCAAGAACAUCAAGGUGAGGAUGACCAGAGGGAGAGAAACAGGGAGCAGGAGACAACAGGAGAGGAGGACGAGGUGGAAGAGGGGGGGGAAUGUGAGGGGGAGAGUGCGUUUGCUCGCCCACCAGUGGAUGAGUUUUUCCCAAGCCCUUGCGGCCAAGACGAUCAGAUAUUUGCGAGGAAGGUUCACCAGGAGGCUGUGGGGAGUAGAGGAGAGAGUGAGGGGUGGUUGCCGCAGCAAGAGAAUGGGAGUGAGGAAUGGGAGGAGCGGAGAUCGGGAGCCAUGGCUGCGAGAUUACUGGCUGAUGUUAAAGUUCCUGGUUCUAACACGGUGACGGGUCCGUGACUCGCGUCCCCUCUCCAAAUUACAGUUUUUGAAGCGCUAACGCUUUCAAAAUUGCGUAUUGUGAAUGUGAAGCUGCUUGUUGCGCAAUUUUGGCAUCGUCGAAGCGCGGUAGUCGCCCUUCUCCGACUGUAUAAAGGGGCUGGAGGUCAUUCUUCCUCCAUCCACGUUUUUCGUUUUUCCACAGCUCAAGUUCCAUUCCCGCCCAUGCAACCCGAGUCACCCAGCUCCCCACUUGACCCAGAGUAGCUGUGCUCCUGUGGAUCCUCUACGGCAUACUGUAGCCUCCUAGACCUUGGUUUCCCUAGCGUAGUGCAGCAUAAUGAUGCGUUUUUAAUCAUUGGAAAACAUUUGCACCUUGAGAACGUUGCUAAUUGCACCUAACAUUUGUAAGUGGUAGCGUUGUAAUGUGGAAGGGCAGAAGGGGUAAGUACUAUUUUACUCUGUACCA